UUCAACUUUUCUUAUUUUCUCCAUUUGUUAUACAUCCAAUAUCUCUAAAUCCAUGGAAAAACAACUAGAAGUAGAAGAAGAGAGAAGAGAAAAAUAUACAAGAAAAUUAGAUUUUAGUGCUCCUCUUUUGUCAACUAGACGUUCUAGUGAAAAAUCAUUUUCUUGUCCAAAUCAACUUUCAAUUGAUAUUUUUAAUAGAGUGCCAUUUUCUUGGGAACAAAGCCCUGGAAAACCAAAGGAAAUGAGGUUAGCAACAAACAUUGAAAUUGUACCACCUCCAAAAUUGCCACCAUGUAUGUGGCAUACAACAAAAGAUCAAUUAUUAGGUACAAGUUGUACUACUACAACUACUAAAUCAUACGAUGAGGUCUAUGAUGGCGAUAUCGACAAUGAUGAUCAUGAUGAUAUAAGGAAUAUUGAGAACCAUGAUGCAUUCUCAGAUGCUCUUGAUGUUUUUUCGUUAGGGGAUGAGUCGAUAGACGACAUGAUUAAUGAUGAGACGGAAUAUAGAAUAUCGAAUAAGGAGGUUGUUCAUGAGGAAUGUUAUGAUUGGUGCACCAAUAAGCCAGCAGUACCAAAUUUCAUCAUUCAAAGAUUUCUUAAAGAUGCAAAGGAACUAGCUAUUUCAUCUGCCUUGGAAAAUAAUAGGAAGAAAUUACUAGAGGAUGAGCAAAUUAAUGGAAGAAGACCAUGUAAUUUUUCUCCUAAGGCAACAGUAUCAUGUGGAUUUGACAUGUUUAUUCCAUGGAGGAUAAAACCCAAGCCAUGUUGUGUGAAGAAUAGUGUAGUGGCAGCUUCUCCAAGAAUGAGACCUCAAUGGAGCAACAAAGACAAGCAUGCAUUAGAUGCAGAUCCAAAAUUUUAAUAACAUGUGUAUAUGUGUACCUUCCGCUGAUCGAGGAUGUGAUCUUAGAUAGAAGGCUAUAAGGCUAUGAAGGACUCGGAUUAGGGUAAGGCUAGUAGAUAGUUGAGAGUUGUCUCACUUAUCCUUCCAUACUAGUAGUCGUAGUAAUUUCUUG